CAACAUUCUGUACCUAAAAUCUACCCACAAGUACGGAUUGCGCUAGACUAGCGUGCUAAGUCGGGUUACGCCGUGUUCAUAAUUAUGAGAAGUGAUGUAACCUGCAUCUUACAUCUUACUUUUUACUUUUUUACAAUUUGCAAUUCGUUUUUCUACCGUUCAACUUCACAACCAAUCCUAUAAGAAUCCUAUAGAAUUGAUUUCAAUUCUGGAUCCGUGAUUCCAAAUCCGCCGUUAUAUACAAUACGUCUCAUUCAAUUCUCACGUAACUGUUCAAUAUAGGUCGUAAAAAGAAACCUCGUCACCAGAAGGGUUCAAACCCACGUCCGUGGUCAAGACGCAAGAUGGGUCAAGAACAAUCUAGCCUCAUCGACCCGGACACUCCUCCGGACACCUUGUCCGAGCGCAGCUUACAUGCUGUCGCCGAAUUUAUCAAGAAGGGCGGCGUGAAGAGAAUCGUGGUCAUGACUGGCGCUGGAAUAUCCACCGCAGCUGGAAUCCCCGAUUUUCGCUCUCCCAAGACGGGUCUGUACCACAACCUCUCACGCUUCAAUCUCCCCCACCCCGAAGCCGUCUUCGAGAUCGACUUCUUCCGCCGCAACCCGGCGCCCUUCUACCUCCUAGCCAAGGAGCUCUACCCCGGCAACUUCAGCCCAACAAUCUCACACGCAUUCAUCGCGCUGCUCUCAAAGAAAGGUCUUCUCCGCAUGCUCUUCACCCAGAACAUCGACUGUCUAGAGCGCGCGGCCGGUGUGCCGGCAGAUAAGAUCGUCGAGGCGCACGGCAGCUUCGCGACGCAGCGAUGUAUCGACUGCCGCACGGAGUUCCCAGACCACAUGAUGCACGACUUCGUCAAGCGCGGGGAGGCGCCGCGCUGCGUGCGCGAGGUAUGCAAGGGCCUCGUCAAGCCCGACAUCGUCUUCUUCGGCGAGCAGCUGCCCGAGAAGUUCCACAACAACACCAACGUCACCGCCACCGCCGACCUCGUCCUCGUCAUGGGCACAAGUCUCCUCGUUCACCCCUUCGCCGGACUCCCGCGUAACGCGCGCGAGCGCGUCCCCCGUGUCCUCUUCAACCUCGAGCGUGUAGGCGAUCUCGGCACCCGCGCAGACGACGUCCUAGUCCUAGGCGAAUGCGACGCCGGCGUGCGCAAGCUAGCGGACGAGCUAGGCUGGCGCGACGAGCUGGAGGGGAUGUGGCGCAAGAUGGUCGGGGACAAGGAAGCGGACCGGCAGAUAUCCAAGACGGCGAAAGAAGCGGCGAUCGAGGACGAGCUGGCCCAGCUCGUCCAAGACGUGGAGGAUAAGUUGGCCAUAACCACCGACACCGAGGGCGACCGAGCCGAAGCUAACGUCGACACGCAGGAUGAUGGUGGCGCGCGCGGUAAGGAGAUUCUUGAGAAAGCUGAUGCGCAGAAGCUCGUCGAUGACGGCGUACCGGUUUCGGAGACGGGUGAUGGUGAAGGUGGUGAGGAGGGUGUGGGUCAGGAGGGAAAGGGAAAGGGUGAGGUUGGCGAUGGUGGGAAGGAGGAGCAGUUGACUUUCGAACCGCUGAAACCUACGACGCUGAAACCGGUUACGGCUGAGGGUGCUGGGAAGGCAGAGGAUCAAGGUGGUGGUGAUAAGCCCGCUGUUUAAACCCGUCUUACUUGGUUUUUACAUGCGAACCCGACUUGCCUCAUGUCAAUCAAGAAACGUGGUGGGUAAACGGUGACGACGAAAAUGAUGACGACAGGGCGGGAAAAUUACUUGUGUUUUUCAUCCAUCCAUUGAGUUUCGGUUUUGCGGCUACGGCUACGGCUACGGCUACGGCUACGGUUACGGUUACGGCGACGCUACAUCAUCAUAGGCUCUAUAUAGGAAGUUGGUGCUGGUGCUAAGGCGGUUGUACGUAUAGGUAGUUUCCGUGUAUGCUUGAGAGAGAAAGGAAUAUACCCAUGAGCUUUUUGCCUGACAGAAUGGGGGUUUAUUAUGGGUGUUACUUGCUUGUUAGAAUGAGGAGGUGGGUAGGUGUUUAUCUUUAUAGUGUGGCGUUGUGCUCGGUAAAGGGGUACGGACGGGUAGGUAGGUACCUAAUUAGGCGGUCCUAGGCAUAAAAAUUGUUGAUUGCCUCUUACUAGAAUUCUAGAGGUAGCCUGUUGGUAAUAAGAUUGAAUACUCGUG